GAGUGUAUGUGUGCGCUGCGGAAGGAAAGAAAAACGAGUUGCGAGCGCGCCACUACUGGCGUCAUUGUGCGCAAAAGUGGGACUUCCGGUUCGAUCGCAGGGAGAGAGAGAGAGAGAGAGAGAGAGAGAGAGAGUGAGAGAGAGAGAGAGAGAGAAAGCAGUCAGUACAGGCAAGAGCAAGCCCAUGUGGUUGAACUUGCUCGAGCAGGAGUACGGCAGGAGCAUCCACGCGCGCGGACAGUGAGUUUGCAAAAACGACGUCGCUGUCGAGUUCGGAGCACGCCUCAGCGUUGUCCGGAUAAUCUCGCAUCUCUCUCUCUCUCUUUCCCUCUCUUUCGAUCCGUGCGCGCGUGCGUGUGUGCGUGAGAGAUCCUCCUCCGUACACCAGUACAGACUCGUAGAGUCGCACGGACUACUGCUGCUGCUGCUGCUUUGCACGAACCACGUCGUCGUCUUGCGAGCGAGCAGCGCUUGUUUCCCGGCGUGAGUCUACUGCUGUCGAGAUCAAGACGGAUCCCACAAGGCGCAGAGGGCCCAGAACGUGUAGCGAAGGUAUAGCCGACGGAUAGGAUCGAAGAAGCACAGCGAGAAUAUGGCAGACGCAGACCUGGACGAUUUCUUCGCCAAGAAGGACCGGAAGAAGGCCAAGGGCAAGAAGUUCACCACCACCGAGGAGAUAGCCAAGAAGCUCGAGGAGAAGAAGAUUGAGAAGCCCAAGGCCAAGGAGAAGCCAGUCAACCCCGAGGGCGGCGACGAGAUUCAGCAAGUCGAAGAGGAAGAGGAGGAAUGGAAGGAAUUCGAGGAGGAGAAGAAGGACUACACGGGUCUGAAGAUUGGAAAUCUUAAUGUGGUGGAAAAGGUUGACAAGAAUUUCGACGAUGAGAGAAAUGCUGGAGAGACUGGCUCCGAUGGAGAGUCAGGCGAUGGCGAUGGCAAGCACUCAGGCCCCUGGAAGAAGGCUGACGCGCCAUCUCAGACAGCUGAGCCAGAGCCUCAGCCACCGCGUCCACAGCCAGUUGCUGCUCCCGCACCUGCUGCUGGAACUGGUUCCAGCAGUUACAGACCUCCGCACGUAAGAAACCCUCCACCAUCCUACGACAGAGAUCGUCCCAUUGGCCGCCCCAGAGGAAAGAACAUUGCUCCUGAUAUAAACAGCGAAGAAUACUUCCCAACGCUCAACUCCAAGCAGCCCGCCAAUGAGGCGACCGGAGCAUGGGGUAGAAAGAAGAGAGACGAAGGUACGUUCGAGGAGGUGCGCAACCGAGGUGGAACAUACAGAACAUACAGUACGCCGGAAACUCAAUCUCAAGCACCCAAGUUGUCGUUAGGAAACAAAUAUGGUGCACUGCCACAAGAUCAAAGCUGAAAGUGACAAAUUCUAACCUGUCGAUCGAUAAUCAACAUAUACGUUACCGCCUCGCUCCGUUUCGUGGCCCAGUUUGCGCCAUAAAACAAAUUUUAUAGGCUAACAAUAAUGCAUACCGUUUAUGCAUACGUAUUUAUUCGCCACUCUUCGUUUUUAACGUAAAUCUGUUGGUUUUUUUUUAGAGUUGAAGUUCUUUUUUAAUUGGUUAGCAAAUUGCAUUAAAGAUGCUGGUGUUGAUGAAGGUUGCACGACUUUCAAGAAUUAAAUAAACGAAAAAUUCAAUCUUCUAUGCUUGAUGAUUUGUCGUAAUUUAGAGAUAUUAAUGCCGGUAGAGCGACGUGGCUGCAUUUGUCAACAAAAGCAAAACUUAUAGAGUAAGUAAAAGAAAACACGUAAAAUUAUUAUUACUCUUAGAAAAUAGUGAGAUUCCGGGGCUGGGCUUCGGAACGGUGCCGCAAACGUGAACUGUGUGCAAGUAAAAAUAACGGAAAAGAAAACAAAACUAUAUCAAUGUGAAAAGAAGAUAGAGAGCUACUGACGAAAACAAAACAUAAGGACGAUUUUAAGGAGGUAAACGUGUGUAUGCUUUUGUUGACGCUUGUUUAAUUAUAUUUGUUAGGUUAGAGUUCUUUUUUUUAAUACUGUAAAAAUAAAAGUAAGGAGGAAGGAUGACGGAUAGGAAAGAGACCAAUCAAAUGUGGGAUUUGUUCUUGUUCUUUGGAAAUUAUCGAGGUGCUAAAGAGAAAGUUAUUGAUUUAAAGAAAUAAACCUAAUGAAUUUCACAAAGUGUAUGACAGAAAGUUGUGAUUAUUUAUGAUAAAUUCCUGUAGGAAGCUUGUACACGAACUGCCUGAAAAGCAUUUCAAACUUUGUGCAUAUGGUGCCUCGUUGAGAGUCUCAGAUAGAUGGACUGUAUAGAGUUUAAUAAAAAAGUUGAGAAAAAACUAGUAAAAUAUUCACGACGAUGAGUUCGCAGUGAGCAUAGGCGACGCUUUUUGUUUUACUUAUUUACAAAAUGCAUCGCUGCGCACUAACUUGUGCAUAUAAGACUUACUAAUUUUUUUUCACCAAUUUUUGUAUAACUUUCCCAUUAACGAAAAGAGUUAUCCGAUGAAUAAGAGUCACACAGCGUAUCCUCUUUUUCACUGGAUCGACAUUGCAUUCGUCAUAUGUAUUCCUUAGUGAGUGUUUUAGAGAAAUUUUUUUUACCGAGUCCUUCCUCAAGCCGUUGUCAUAGUCUGUAAAGAAUUUACACAAUGCCGUGAUCGCUACGCGAUCAAAAGUUGCUCUUUGAACAACAAUAGAGAAAAUGUGAAGCUCUAAAGAAAGACUAAUCUGUGUAGAAAAAGAUGCGUCUUUUGUUAUAAAACAGCGAGCGAAGUUCAUGAUUUAGCGCCAUUGAAGCUGGAGAGAGGAAAGAUAACGCGAUUAAGAGACAAAGAAAAGAACAUUGUUAAAGUGUUAAUGUAAGAACAAUAAUUAAUAUGCGUAUUGCGAAUCACGAGUGGCAUAAAAGACAGCAGUCCAAGACCUUAACAAUAAUAAAAAAAACAAAAACAAAAUA